AUGGCAACGCAAACAGUCCUCGAGCUGGAACCGCUCUCAAACCUCACUCCAAUCCCGAAACAACCCGCUCCAGAAAUCACCGAAGCACCAGGCCACACCAUCAGCGGCCCUGCUUCAUCCUCGCCCUCUGCUCCCUCAACCGCCGAACAAGAGCAAUCGAUCCCAACCCGCAAACUCUCCCCCUCCCGCACCUGGACCGUCAUCCUCCAGCUCAGCAGCAUAAACCUUAUCUCCUCGUUCAGUAACGGCCUCCUCGCCAUCGGCCUGCCCACCAUCGCUGCGGACCUCUCGAUCCCGCCCAACCUCCUCCUCUGGCCGAAUAGCGUCUUCUACCUCACGUGUGGAUCCUGUCUGCUCAUUGCGGGCUCCGUGGCAGAUGUGCUGGGUCCGAAGAGGAUCUUCUUACCAGGAUGUUUUCUCGUCGGGGUGUUCAUACUCGUCUGUGGUGUAGCGAGGGAUGGAAUCGAGUUGAUCAUGUUCCGCGCCAUGCAGGGCAUCGCAACGGCUAUGGUUCUCCCCUCUGCGGUCUCCAUCGUCUCUACGAAUAUCGAAGAUGGACGACCACGGAACAUCGGCUUCGCAUCAACAUUCCUCGCCAUGCCCCUGGGUUUUGCGGUGGGAUUGGUUCUUGGAGGUGUUUUUGUUAGUAAUGUUGGAUGGAGGGUUGGGUAUUAUGCUAGUGGUGCGGUGGGGAUGUUGAUCUUUGGAUUAGGGAUUUGGACGUUGCCGGGGGAUGAGAGGUUAGGGAAGUGGAGGGAUGUUGGGGGAAGGUUGCAGAGGGAAGUGGAUUGGGUUGGGGCGGUGAUUGCGAGUGGGAGUUUUGCGAUGGUUUCUUAUGUUCUGGCGUUGCUGUCGGCCAACACGGCGAAUAUCAAGACGGCUACUGGAAUUGCGUUGCUGGUCAUCAGUCUUGUGCUGGUACCGGCAUUCGUCUACUGGAUGCACUUCCAAGAGAAGCGUGGCAAGCCAGCACUCAUUCCGAAUUCGAUGUGGAAGAACAGCGCCUUCACCAGCGUCUGCCUGAUGAUCAUGCUAUCCAGCUCAGUCAACAGCUGUCUCGAGAUCUUUUGCAGUCUCUUCUUCCAACAAGUCCAACACAACAGCCCCCUAACCGCCGGCCUCAAAGUCGUCCCCCAAGUCCUAACCGGCGCCCUCCUAAACCUCCUCGUCGGCACCUUCGUCAACCGCACACCCAUCGCCCUCGCCGUCCUCGCAGGCAACAUCCUACAAGCCGGCUCCCCCCUCCUCAUGGCAACCAUAAACCCCUCCUGGCCCUACUGGUACUCCGCCUUCUUCGCUCAACUCCUCGCCCCUCUCUCCGUCGACAUCCUCUUCACGGUCGGCACGAUCGUCGUUUCGAAUGCGUUUCCCGCCAAGACGCAGGCGUUGGCUGGGGCGGUGUUUAAUACGUUUGCGCAGCUGGGGACGAGUGUCGGGUUGUGUCUGAUGAGUGUUAUUCAGGAGGGCGUGGAGAGGAAGGCGGGUGGGGUGAGGGAGGAGGAGAGGGUUAUGGAGGGGUUGAGAGCGAGUUUUUGGGCGAUGUUUGGUAUGAUGGGGGUUGCUUGUGUUGUUGGGGCGGUGGGGUUGAGGCAGGUUGGGAGCGUUGGGGUUAAGAGGGAUUAG